AACAACGUCAACAGGCGAGGGCACACCCCCAACUGCGAAGCUCUCCGACAGGUAGGCAUUGAUGCAUAGGAGACGCAGGCUCGAGGAAGGGCGUCAGAAUUCCCACGUCUACAGAGGAUUGGGAUUCUUCAAGUUGGCAUCAUCUGAACACAGUCACGGCAAAUGAGCCUCUGAAAGCGUGUCAACGACGGAGGCAUCGUGGUGCAAGGUAGUGAGCCUUGAGCCUGUUCUCACUACCGAGCACCUGUUUACUGUACAGAGCUUCCCCCAGACAAGAUCCUUCAGUUAUUCAAUUUUCUUUCUCUUAUCUCUUUAUUUCGAGUUUUCUUUUCUUUUGUUUCCAGCGCUCCUCCAGUCAAGGAAAAAUGGCCGGACCUUCAAAGACAGCCCAAAGGGUGUCACCAUCGGCAACGCCCGCCACACCCACCACCGCCUCCGGGCUCACCUCCCUCUUCGACCGCCCCAGCCUCCUCUACCUCGCGGCUUCACUACUCCGCGUAGUUUUCCUGCUAUACGGUCUCUGGCAGGACGCCAACUCACCCGUCAAGUACACCGACAUCGACUACCUCGUCUUCACCGAUGCCGCCCGCUUCGUCGCCCGCGGCCAAAGUCCCUAUGAGCGGGAAACAUACCGCUAUACUCCCAUUCUGGCAUGGCUUCUCCUUCCUACAGCACACACCACUGGAAAUAGGCUGGUGAACGCUGCGCUGUUUAGCUCAGGCAAAGUACUCUUUGCCACCGCAGACCUGGUGGCCGGCUGGCUCCUGGAGCGUGUUCUCGCGAGAUCCAUGGACGGGGCUUCGGCGAGAAAGUUUGCAUCCAUAUGGCUGCUAAACCCGAUGGUGGCCACCAUCAGCACGAGGGGCAGCUCGGAAGGCCUACUGGGGGUGUUGGUGAUGGCCCUACUCUCGGUAGUGCUAGCAAGACGGAUCACUCUAGCAGGGCUGCUACUAGGCUUCAGCGUGCAUUUCAAGAUAUACCCCUUCAUCUACGCCCCCGCGAUCGUAUGGUGGAUGGACGCCGACAAGUUGCGGACCUCGGGGUCUGGCAGCAAAUCCUCAAGGGAGACAUCGCCUCUCAACAAAUUGCUCGCUUUCAUCACGCCGGCCAGGCUCCGGCUAGCAUUUACCAGCCUGGCUACGUUUCUAGCGCUUAACGUGGCAAUGUACACUCUGUAAGCUCUCCUCGCCCUAAUGCUUUAUCUCUCCC